CUGACUCGCCUCUCACAAUCCACAACAACAAAAGCCAACAAAAAGAAAAAAAGCCAAAAGAGACAUUCACUCAAUCACAAGCAGACAAGACUGGCAUUGCGCUAUCUGACUACUAGUCUAGCUAGAGAGCGACACGUAAACAACAACAAGCAAUAGAAAAGAAAAGAAAAGAAAAAGUCCACCAUGGCGCCCAACAACAAAGCGGUCGACGAGACGCCGCCGGAUGUACCGCUCUUUCUACGCAAAACCUACCAUAUGAUCGACAGCUGCGAUCCGACUAUAGCUUGCUGGAGUGACGAUGGCGAAACCUUUAUAGUGAAGGAUCCUAGCAAAUUUGAAGCUACCAUCAUUCCCCAGUUCUUCAAGCACUCAAAGUUCACUAGCUUUGUCCGGCAGCUCAACUUUUACAGUUUCAGAAAAAUCAAGUACAUGGACACCCUGCGACUAGAUCCAAAGCUAGAAGCUCAAACCGCUAACUACUGGAGAUUCAAGCAUGAUAAGUUCCAACGAGGAAAACCCCAUCUUUUGUCAGAGAUCAAACGCAUGACUGGAAGCAAGGGUGGACCGGCCGCCAACAAGACACCACCUGCACCCGUGACAAGCGCCAAUGGAGCAGGUUCCGAAGCCAUGAAGAGCGAACUAGAUUCUCUCAAGAAGCGCAUUGAAGAAAUGAACAAGAACAUGACUCAGCUAACGUCUAUGGUCCAAAAGGUCACCCUUUCGAGCAGCAGCAAGGACGAGGAAGAAGAAGCGGCAAGUAAGCCUCCUGCUGCCUCGGUAGUCAAGCAAGACGGUAGUGUUCCACAUGUUCCUGUAGGCUCGAAGCGCAAAAAGUUGGAUACGUCUCUUCCCGAAUCGGUUCCUUCCUUGGCUCAGGCAGCCGUUUCCGUGGCUCCGCCCCAGCCAAUAUUACCGCCGGAUGUUGUGGGAUCCCUCGAUGAUACUGCUCUCAUUGUACGACCCGAUGAAAUGCUCAGUUCCAAUGUUGACUUUGAAGAAAUACUUCCGAUGGAUCUCGGCGGAGACGAACAAGUACAGCUUCAGCCGCUCGAUACGUCGGCUCAGCCUGUUGACACGCUCUACGAUUUUAGCAAGGACCUCAACGGUGACGAUGUUGCACUGGUGGAUGUUUGCCAGAACGGGGACUCGGCCGACGCUGUGGAAGACAGCACUGCCACGCACCUCUUGCCGGAUCCAUCCACGGGACUUCCGCCCACUGCUUUCGAACUAGCGUCACGAAGCCGGCCCAAUCGGGCUGACCCGGAGCUCAUGGAUCGACUCUCGGAAGCGCUGGCUGUGCUACCCAAAGCCAUGCAAGAACAGAUUGUAGAACGACUCAUCGCGGCCAUUACCACCACGGAUCUGUACACUGCUCCUAUGCCAGCCAACGUAGUGCCAGCAGGCCAACAAGGCGAAUCAUCAGCCAUGGAAGACGACAAGAGCGUUGCCAGCAAAGACGACCAAGAAAAGUCGUCACCCGCGGCCGUCGGAGAAAUUGGUAUGCCAUUGGCAGCAGCGACAUUGGCGGCUCUCCUUGGUCACUACAGCGAGCAGGUCAAGAAACAGCGCUCUUCUUCUCCUUCGUCGUCCUGCAGUGCCAACAAAAGCAAGGCAUCCAGAACUGGUGUCAAGGAUAUUCCGGUCAUCCCAGUUCACGCUUAG